CUGUCCGCGGCUCACCGUUGGCCCAUAUUCGAACAAACGACAUUUCCUGGCCGCAGUUUGUCACGUAUCAAACCGAAACGUGCAGUACUGGUACCAAGAUUUGACAUUGAUAUUGAAUUUCAGUUGUGGGUGAAAACGGCAAUAAAAGUGUGUUUCCAAAUUGGACGUCCUGAAGGGCUUUCCUUUGACAUUCGUUAGAUCGGGGACUUAUAAAAGAAAACAUCAAAGAUGACGAAGAAGAACGUCUUCAAGAACGCAGAGGAUACCAAAAAAUAUCAUCUCAGUGACUUUAAUUCUCAGGCAACUCCAUUGUCUAGGACGUCAAUGAAAAGUUUACAACAUGUUCCGUGCAAGUUUUUUCGUCAAGGAACGUGUACAAGUGGAAAAAACUGUGUGUUUAGUCAUGAUUUGGAGCCAAAUUCCGAAAAAACUGUGUGCAAGUAUUUUCUGAAAGGCAAUUGCAAGUUUGGAUCUAAAUGUGCUCUAGAUCAUGUGUAUCCCGAUGGUAAACGAGUGAAAUCUCGAGCCAUUAUCAACGGCACUGCUCUCGCGGGCACAUCAGCAUCUCCUCCUCCAUAUGCAGGAAAUAUCAGUGGUCCUCCCUUGACUGCCAUGGCAUCGAACAAUGCGAAGACUGACGGAGCAGGUGAACGAGCAUCGGUUUCUUCGGUUCCUAUACCGAAAAAGGCAGUAGGAACUGUAAGCCGUACCCCUUCACGUUCCAUCAGCUACAGCUCUGCCGAUCCUGGCUCCAUUUCCGGUACCAUUGGCUUGGGUUCCUUGCCUGCAGCUGUGGAUCCUUUGAAAACAACUAGUGCCACGGAGGGUACUGGUACCGAUGGAAUCUCUCGUGAACAAGGAAAUGACAGCUUUUCUCAUCAACCUAGUGUUCCCUCUUCUCCUUCAAAUAGUCUUUCAAGAAAGGAUUUGCUUAGCAAGCUUACCCAAGGAAACGGUGUAGGAUUUUCUCCCAUAAAACCCAACCCUGCUCCAUCUUCUCUUGAUAAUAUGUUCUCGUUAUCAACUCGUAGGAUGAUGCCCCCCAUGCAUAUUACCUCUGCAUUCCCUUCUCUAGGAACUAGUCCUGCGUCGCUGCGGACAGACCCGUUCGCUUCGGCGAACGUUUCUCGAGCGCCAUUCUCACCUUCCUUUUCUGCCGUAUCCCGUUUCUCCGUGUCACACACAAGCAACGGCAGCACUCCAGGAAACCUGGCGUCCGCGUUCAAUGCAUCUGCGGAAAAACAAAGUGUAAAGGAUGAUUCAGAAGAUUUUGCCAAUGAAGAGGAUUUCGUACCGAACAGUCUGCAAGAAUUGCUUACGCCUCAAGAACUCGAACGACGACUUAGUCACUUUGAGGAGGUCUCGGGAAGCAUGACUUCGUCACGUUUCAUUUCCAAGACAUCUUCAAACAUCAUUUCAAAUGGUGGAUUUACGGUUGGUUCAGUGAACGCGGCUGCAUCCGUAUCAUUUACGGGGACACCCACGUCUAGUAGGUUUGGAGCGAUCUUUGAAAAGAACAAAAUGCAAGAUCCACUGCAGUCACCGUUUACGAAUUCACCAACCCUAGCUUCCCCAAUGACGCCUGGUGUAUUGGAGUUUCACAAAAAUAAUUCAUUAGCAAAAGGCGGUAGUAAUACUGCUGGGAAAAAUUCCUUGUUUACUAUACCAAGUGAAAAUUAUGAACAGCAAGCUGAUGACGAAACACAGUUUCAGAUGGAUGAAGCUUAGAACAGGCUUACUUUCGAUUCUCUCAUAUAUGUACGCUCACAAGCAACAAUGAUAACAUUGGAUGUCUUUAAAUCUGCGUCAUACCUUUGUUUUAUAAAAGCGUCUGUGAAAGCGCGAGAGUUCUUUUAACCUGUCUAAAAACUUUAAAAAAAUCGUGUAUUUCUCGUUUUAAAAAAGAAAGAAAAAACUGCCUAUUUAUUUUCCAGGCUUCGAUCUCAUACAAUUAAUAUAGGAAAAUAGUUUCGACUUGUGGAGGAGUCGUAUUCGUGUAAUUGAUUUAGUUUCAUGUACUGUAAAACAAUUGAGACUUAUUUUCCCAAGUGUCGAAGGAAAGAGCAGGAAAGAGCAAAC